AUGAAUACGGUCCCUCCGAAUCAAAAUGAGGUGGCUGAUGGCGGUCAAUGGACUGCCAUGGGCUGGGUCAGUCACCUGCGCACCUUUGAACCAACGGCUAUGCCAAGGAUAUACGAAGGCUUCAUCCCAGCUCCUGAUCCCUUCGGCGUUGAUUUCAACAGGGGAGGUCCCAACGAGGACAAUGGUGUCGACGACGGUGACGAAGACGGCGAGAAUGACGAAAACUACGAUGGCAAUGGCAGCCGUAAUAAAAUGAGACAGCCCCGUCGCGGGCUAGGUGUCAAUGCUUCAUCCACCAUCGAGCUGCCCAGCUACCCCUCCUCACCCCCCGGCAGCGAAGAGGAUCCCUCUACACCUGGGUCAUCCGACGACUCGUCUGCCGAUGAUGCUGAUACUCCAGUCAACGAGCAGAGUGAUGGAAUCACCGCACCGGCAUCUGAUGUGCCGAGUAUCCACCCACCGCAACCCCGUCGACGACGAGGACGCCCUACAAUCAAAAAACGCACAGGUGAGCGUGGAGGCUGGAGUAAGGGUCAGAAACUUGGCCCACACGCCCCUCUUGAGCCGUCGCAAGAGUUCACAGUCUUAUUCCAGCAGGCCAUGCACGCCUUCAGCUUCAGGAGCGACCUCGACACUGCACACGAGCUUGUCCUGCAGGCACUUGCGAUUAAUCCAGAGGUUUUCAAUGCUCAUAUUUUGCUCGCUGACAUCUGGUUUGCCCGAGACCAUACCCUCAAUGCGGUUUCCGCCUUGUGGGCGGGAGCACACUGCUUCUGGAGAGAUCCUUUUGUCUGGCACAUGGUUAUCGAGGCCUGCCUCGAAAGAGCCACUUAUGCUCGACAAAUCGCCCUGAACCAGGCCAAGUAUGCUCUGAAAAUGCUACUCAAGCUCGACAAUAACGAUCAAGAUGCUCGUUUUCAGCUAGCCGUCGUGGAAAGGGAAGCAGGCAAGCCUAAGAAGGCCCUUGGCCUUGUCGACAAGAUUUUGCAAGCCAUGCCACAUAAUACAGAUGCCCUGGGUCUCUACGCUGAUAUUUGCAUCGGAAUGCAGAAGAACGAUGUGGCCAUCAACAGAUACAAGGAAGCAAUUCAGUACUAUCGAUCUGUCGGUCUAGAUGAGUCGGACGCUUUCGAAUGGGCCGACGUAAGUAUGUACGUCAAGCUGCUCUCAUUGCGAGAAGGAGAUAGGGAUGAAGUCUUGUCCUCUUCGAUCAAAGUUCUGAAGAAGCUCUCCCGGUGGCUGCUGGGCAGAGCGGCUGAGACUUUCUGGGAUAACGUGGAUGGCGACGACAGAGAGUUCGAUGCCGAGGACUACCCCAGACGACAGGAAAUCAGAUCCUUCACCCCAGGUCGCUACACGGUCGAGCAGUACGGCCUCGGACUCCCAAUGCAGCUUCGGACCCAGCUGGGUAUACUGCGACUCCGCCAGGGCGACUUGCGUGAGGAGGCGCUGGCGCACUUCGAGUGGCUUGAACCAGAUGAUGUGAGCGAAGAUGCAAACAUCGUUCACUUCGGCUCAGAGUUCUUGGAAGUUGCUCGUGCCCUCAACGAAGCCAUGGAGCACAGGGAGGCUCUUCGCUACUUCGAUGCACUGCUCCGUGUUGACGUUGUCAAAAAAGCGGACUUUUGGAUUGGAAUUGGCACGAGCACGUACAUUCUGGGACAGAAAGACCGUGCAAUGGAACACUUCCAGUCUGCGCUGGCUUGUGAUGCUGACUCAAUCGUGGCCAAGACUUAUGUCUCCAGGAUCUUAACUGAACGAGGCCAAAAGCUCCACGCCGUCAGAUAUGCUUGCGAGGCUGUUGAAGAGGCUGCUGACCGGGCGCCUCCGACUACUGCCGGGGUCCGCAAAUACGAGCGAUUUGAAGAUCGUGCGAAUCGUGAAGCUGCAGAAAACGCUCUGAAGACAGCUUUGAAGCUGCCGGGACCCAACCCAUCGAAGAAGCGUCAGGGCAAGGUACGCCAGGACGGCACAAUAUUGAAUGCGUUUGAGCUCCUCAAACCACGAGGACGACUUCACAAACGGAAGGGAGGCCAGUCUAAGCGUCCGCCCCGGGAGCCGACUCCAACUGAAGACAAACCACAGAAGCUGGACGAGAUCCGGCCGCUUUACAAUAACAUGCUCAACAACUAUGACAUGAUGAAACGCGGCGAUGGCGUUGCCACACGGAUAUGGAUGAGCUGUGCCAAAAGCUUGAUCAACGACUUCAGGGCUAACGAAGUUUUGUGUCCAAAGGAAAGGCAUGCGCAGGCCGCUGCCAGGGCUUCUCGACGUCGCUCAGAUUCGGGCACCCCUCAAGCAGACGGCAACGAAGCAGACCAGCCACUUCCCUCCAUUGAGCCCCAAGCCAACACCUUCAUACCACCCACGACCUACCGCGAAAUCUCCAUGACGGAAUGGCUCGAUAUCUUUCUGCAAUACUCCAUUCUAUGCACUACCCUUCCUAUCGCCGAAUUCCCCAACGCCAAACGUGACAGUUACAACAUCAUGCAAGCUGCGACGCUGUCAGCAGUCUGGUCCCACACCCCGGCCGCCCUCUUCCAGAUCCAUGCCUGCUACCUCGCCUGCGCCGUCGCUUUCCGCGAUCAGAUCGUCCUCUUCGGCACCGUACUCCCCUGGUUCCUGCAACAGUUUCCCUUCGCCACCGACGCCUACCGCCUCUUCAACGCUAUGCACAGCCUCUUCCCCUACUCCUCCGACCCGGACGGCAAAGCCGGCGUAAUGCGCAACGCCUACGUCGCCAAAUCCCACAAACCCUCCCGCCUGCUCUUCCGCCACCUCAGCUCCCUCGACCACCAGCUGCACGACGACUACGCUGACCCAGUCGACGGGCCGGUCCCGGACUUCAUGCGUCGCCCACGCGACGAUCUCCUCACGGUCUGGGACCCCACGCCCGACCCCACGACAGGGGCCCCACGCCCGCGGCGCACGCACGAAAUGGACGUCGUGCUCCUGGUCCUGUACGGGCAGCUCGUGUACGCCAAAGGCGCCUUCACCUCCGCGCUGGGCUACCUGCACCGCGCGAACGCGCUGCGACCCCGCGAGCCGCUCGUGCUGCUGACCAUGGCGCUGUGCUACCUGCAGCAGCCGCUCAAAGUGGGCUUCAAGGCCGACAAUAAGCACAGCUGGGUCUUGCAGGGGAUGGCGCUGUUUGAGGAGUACGCUCGCGCGAGGAUGGAGUGGGGUCGGGAGAUGGAGCAAGUGCUGGGGUGGAGUGGGGCGGAGGCGGAUUGUAGAAGGGAGAUAGCGUUUAAUCGCGCGAGGUGCUGGGGCAUGUUGGGCCUGGGGGGGUUGGCUGUGGAGGGCUUUAAGAGGGUGUUGGAGGAUGAGGAUAGGGAGGUGAAGGGGAAGGAGAAGGUGGGAGAUGACAUGGAGAUCGAUGGUCGGGGAGACAACGGGGCUGAUGGCUUGGACAUGCAGGCCGCGUAUGCGGUAGCAACGACAUAUGCGCUGAGCGGAGAUGUGGAGGCGGCCAGAAGGGUGACGGAGCGUUAUCUCGUGGUGGAAUGA